AUGUCAUUUUAAUGCACUUUUAAUAAACUCUCAAGAAAGCCAAAAAAAAUUGCAAAUAAAUUUGUUGAAAUAUGUCAUUUUAAUGCACUUUUAAUAAACUCUCAAGAAAGCCAAAAAUAGAGCAUUACUACAAGUUUAUGUUUUUCAAGUUGUAUGGGGAAAAGAUAAGUCAUAUGUGGCAUCCAAUAUACAUUUACAUAUUAAAAAUAAAAAAAUAAAAAAUAAAAAAUAAAAUAAAAAUAAAAAAAGGUAUAUAAGUUAGAAAGGUUGACUCGAUUGCACUUCACAUCAAUGCCGAAUUAACACUGUUUUUUGAUAGAAAAUUUUCACUUUUAAAUGCAAGAUUAAGACAUUAAACUAACGUCAUCGGAGCAUGCUUGUUGGUUGUAGCUUUGUGCUAGUCCAAAUAUUUGGCGAAUUCUGGCUUAGAGAUCCAAAUUACAUAAUGAUCCGAAGAUGAAAGACCACAAAAUAAUUCUUUGUGCAUGACACCAAUAUAGUACGUAUGUAACAUAUCAAAUUAUUAUAAACUUACAAUUUGAAUCUAAGGAACAACUAUUCUACCGGUCUGAAACCUUUUAAAAAUCAACCCUAUCGGAUUAGCGUAUUAAAAAGUAUAGUGAUAUCUAUCUUCAAAGUACCCCUUGUAAAGAAUAAACCUGAAGUUGAAAGGUUCCUUCUUUACCACAAGGCAAACACUUAGUUAAUUGGCAUAUUCCUAUUAAUACCAGUGUAUCACAUUAGAUUAUUAGAAUAUGCGUAGCAAAACCCUUAAAACUUCAAGACCAAACCAAAAUGAUAACGAAUGGAAAUGACGAGACUAUUCUGGCCCAUUAGUUGUUGUAUAUAAAAGGGACCAAAUGGCCCAUAAAAACUAAAUAUUUGGCCCAAACUUUAUUUGGCCCACCCAACAGCUAACGGCUAGUAAUGUUGAGUAACAAACUAACAACGGAUCCAAACAAAAAGCAACAGAAAAUUUCAAACCCUUGAAGCCUCUUCCUCCUUAAUCUUAACGGCUAUUUUUAACGACUUGAUUUUCUCUGGAUUCUCUCUUUCUUGUUCUAUUUUUCAUUAAUUUCUCUUAAUCUCUCUUUAUUUCAUCUACCAAAUACAAAAAAACAUAACCCAGUUUCGUCAAUUAAUUCCAAAAAUAAACAACCCUGUUUUUAUUUGUAUUUUUUUUUUUUUUUUUUUACCCUCCCCUGUUUCGGUAAAUUUUGAUCAAAGAAUUAGCUACAAUCAAAAUUAAGAAGAAAUUGCAUUUUGUAUCUAUUGGUGAAUGAUCAAGCCUUAAGGUUAGGUUCUUGAAUUCCUAAAACAGAGAUUUGUAAGAUAGAUGGGGAAAGAGCUCGAAGAGGCGAAAGCGGAGAUUGAGAGGCUUAAAUGUAGCUUGGAUGAUAAAGAUUACAUCAUCAAAACGCAAUGGGAUGAAACUAAAACGCUCAAAGCUCACAUUUCGGAGCUGCAGAAGAAAGAAAAGGAUGUCAAAUCACCUGUAAACAAUCAGGAAGGUGAUUUGCUAGAAGAGUUAGUUGAGAGACACAGAAAGGUGGAAGAUGAGCUCAAAUGGAAGGUGGAGCAGUUUAAGCAUCUUAAGGAAGCGUAUGAGAAGCUUCGAGAUCAGUUUCGUGCGAGUAAAACAGAAUGGGAGACCGAGAAAUCAUCGUUGGUUGAUGAGAUAUCGAAGCUGCAGGAAAGCUUUGAUGAUGAAAACCGAACUGCAGAAGGGCUGAAAUAUCAAUUAGCAAUGUGCAAGCAAGCCUUGGAGAAUGAAGAAAGCAGGAGGAAAAAGCUGGAAGAGCAAGUUUCUGAAAUGAAAUUGUCAUUGGAAAGUGUGACACGUGAGGGUUUUGAAGGAAAGAUGGAAGGAGAGUGCUUAGCUGUGGAGAAUGGCGAGGAGGAAGUUGCGAAUCUGAGGCAUUCGUUGCGUGUGAAGGAGAUGGACUUCAAGGAUAUGGAAUACAAGGCUAAUAAACUGGAGAAAGAGAAUCAGGAACUCCUGACCUCUAUUAAAGAGCUCCAGGAAGCUUAUAUACCGAGAGCAGUUCCAACUCCAUCCUCAUGGGCUAAGCUCAAGACGAGACUGAAAUCGUUGGAGCUGAGCCACAAAGAAUGUUCUGCUAAUCUCAAGGCUAAGGAAGCUGAAUGGAAUUCUAAAGCUGAUAGAAUGGAUAAAGAGCUUGAACGAUGUAGUUCUAACUUGAAGAUUAAAGAUCAAGUCAUAGAAGAGCUGAAGAAGGAACUAGAAGGCUGCAAUUCUUCACAGUUGAAGAUGCAGAAUGAAGAACUGUCUUUAAUGUUGCAGUUGAUGCGAUCAGAAAGUUCGGAAGACAUCGAGGGUGGUACAGCACAAUUGAUGGAGCAGUUAGAGAAGAUACGGGGGGAAAAGCUUGGAAUGCAGGAGGACCUUGAUAAACUAAGAGAAGAGCUAAAAGAAUUGCGCGAAGCUUUAGAUGUGAUUGAUUCUGAGUUGACAGACCAGACUAAUGAGAGAAAUGGACUGGAAUAUGAGUUACAAAAUUGGAUAUCUAUAGCAGCACACCUCGAAAUGCAGGUUAUAAAAGGCCAGGCAAUGCGCAGAGAUUUAGAAUUAUCCUUGCUUGAACAAGCAGAGGUUGAGGAAAUGCUUAAGAUAGAUACAGAAGAGAAGGACAGAAGAAUAGGUAAUCUUGAGCAGCAGAUAUUUUUGAUGGACCAAGAGAUUAGAAUAGAAGAAGAUGAUACCACCGAAGAGGACGAAAAAGUAUCACCAAGGAUGCAGAUGGAUGAUGAACAGCUACAACUGGAAUUACUGGCAAGAGAACUUGAAGAAGCCAUAGUUGUACAUAUCAUGGAAGAGAGAGACUACUCAUUAGAGCAGAGUUCGCAAGAAGACAUGGAACCUGCAGAAAUGCAUGAAAGAAUGAUAGUUCAAGGAUUUGAUGAUAAGAAAAUAAGAAUAAGUCUAGAAGGAGAAGAUAUUUGUGCCUCAAAAGAGAAUGCAAGUCAGCAACAUUCUCACUUGAGAAAGACAAGCGAAUCCCUCAUUGAGGAAAGAUCGCCGUUCAGAGAGCUUAACUAGGAGAUAAUCUAGAAGAAGCAACUACUGCAAUCACUUGACUUGUAAAUGAGGAACAGUUCUUCAAGUCUCCACUCCUGACAUUUCUUUUUCAUUAAUUACUCCCAUUGCUUAAAUGGAGAAGUA